AAUGCAUUUUAGUGUUUAUAAAAGGAGAAUAGAAUAUAGCAGCACGCAAUUGAACUCUCGAUUUACGACAAGGACGAUCCAGAUAAUCAAAGAUGUCUUUGAUCAGCACCACUUACCCAUUAGGCUCCAACAAGCAGUUGCUGCAGCACUACCUGACACUACCCCAGGAGGGUCCCACAGAACCCGAGCGGAAGUCCGGCUACCCCGUACAGCUCGAGUACAUCUGGAUCGACUCCACGGGGCAGACGCUUCGGAGCAAAUGUAGGACUGAGUAUAAGGUGCCUGCAGGGCCUGGAGAGUGCUUGACCUGGAAUUAUGAUGGGUCAAGCACUGGGCAAGCUGACCCCAAAUCCUCAGACACUUUUAUUAAGCCUGUGGCCAUCUACCCGGACCCUUUUAGACGUGGACCCAACAAGCUGGUGUUAUGUGAGGUGCUUGACUGCGAGAAUCGCAAACCUGUGGAAUCAAACAGACGGGCUUCCUGUAAACGUGUUAUGGAUGACCCCAGGGUGAAGGUCCAGGAACCGUGGUUCGGCAUUGAGCAGGAGUACACUUUGUUAGACAUGGAAAAGUAUCCCCUAGGGUGGCCACGGAACGGAUAUCCGGCACCUCAGGGUCCCUACUACUGUGGUAUCGGCCCCACCCUUAUUCACGGCCGUGAUGUGGCGGAGGCGCACUACCGGGCCUGCAUGUACUGCGGCAUCAAGAUCAGCGGCAUCAACGCCGAGGUCAUGCCUUCGCAGUGGGAGUUCCAGGUAGGACCAUGCGAGAGUAUAGAGAUGGGCGACCAGCUGUGGGUGGCGCGCUACCUUCUUCAUCGCAUCGCCGAGGACUUUGGCUGCAGUGUCACCCUUGACCCAAAGCCCAUGUACGGCAACUGGAACGGCGCCGGCGCUCACUGUAACUUCAGCACCAAGACGAUGAGGGAGCUUAAAGGAUUAAUAGACAUCCAUGAAGCCAUAGAGAAGUUGAAAUUACGAAUUCCGGAACACAUCAGGGUGUACGACGCUCACGAAGGGGAGGACAAUAAGAAGCGUCUGACUGGUAUGAACGAGACAUGCAAGAUCGAUGAGUUCCGGUGGGGUGUGGCCGACAGGACUGCCAGCGUUCGCAUCCCCAGACAGGUGAAUUUGGACGGCUGCGGCUACCUGGAGGAGCGACGACCUGCCGCCAAUGCUGACCCGUACGCCGUGACUGAGAUGAUGGUCCGCACUAUAAUUCUGGAUGAAGGGUUGGAGAAUAUAGAAAACACAGAUGACUCAAUCUCUUUAUAUUCCAAUUAAUCUGUGGAAUAUAUAAACUUUGGGAGGGUGGAAAUGAAACCAACAAUCGGAACCUCUACUGGAUGUUUUAUAUUAUGUCUAUUAUUUCUACAUCAUCAAUCAGAUCAUACACAUGAUGUUUUUGGUGUACCCUUCUAGAAUCAUGACUUGUAACAUCAGCUGCGAUCACUAUAAACCAAACUCUGUCGAAAGACGAAAGCAGCAAAGAUUGAAGAGGAGCUAAAAUGUCAUAUUUAGGAAUGUGCUUGCAUGUUCACCAUAUCUAAGGUGACCAGACGUCCCGAUUUAGGCGGGACAGUCCCGCUUUUGACCUCGUGUCCCACCUGUUCAUAAAAUGUCCGGGCGGCUAGUUUGUUUGUUGUUUUUUUUUUUUAAUUUCUAUUUGGUUAUCAUUGACAUACAUGCAUACCACAUAAUUCCUCAUCAAUAAUAUUCCCACUCAAAGGGUUAAUUUCCCCUGUCAUCGCACAGUUCUGGUACCACUUACAUUUCCCACAAUUCACUUCACCGCUCAGCAGGCCGUGACGAUAUACGAAGCGGAACUACAUACCCUUGUUCAUUGCCCCCGUGAUGGAAAAGGGUAAUGCAGCGAGGAGAGUUGAUACUGCUCUCUCUCUCUCACACACACAAAGCUAGCCCCCAGAAAAAAAUGCGGUCUUUAACACCUCAUUCCUCAAACGACCUAAAAAAAAAGGUCAGGGAGCGACCUUUACCUUUAGGUGGGGGCAGGCAUUGUAUGCCCUAUUGCCCUAUCAAAUAAAAAUCCUAACCUACAUGCAUUCACCUUCCCAUUGAUGUGUCCUCAGAUUUCCCUGGUCCAUUGAACGCUUGACCUACAUUCACUCGGCACCAGAUGGAGUGAGGGACGACAGUGAGAGAGCGAAUGAGUUUUGCUCACACACGCGUGCUAGCGAUGGCUGAAUGGGUGGAGGUGGUGGCAGCAGGAGGCGAACGGGACAGGGAGGGGAGCAGCUGUCGAUGGCAUGCGCAGCCGCAUCGCCAAAUAAGGAGAAAAGCGGAGAGACAGACAGACAUGAUAAUAAGCCUCGACUGUCGGCUCGGGACGAUUCCAUCAGGCAACCCGACUGCCUCUCCUCCCUCUUCAGGAUUCUCGUUUGCUGUUCCAUCGCGAUUAUGGCUUUCAGAGAAAAGCGUGUUUUUAUUGUCAUUAUAUCCUAGUUGGUGAAAGCAAUGCAAGCGACUCGAUCUCUCCUUCCAUGGUGCGUUCUUGCGAGGGCCUCUACCUCGUAGUCACGUGAGAGGAUGGACGGAUACGUGCCUCUUGGUUUGUUUUGCAGAAAGCUUGGUCAUUCGGUUCAGAUCUUGAUUUUCACCUGCUUUGGAAAAUGACGUUUGGCUGCUACAUCCCUCGUGGCAUGAAGUCGCGUGCGCCUCUCACCCUCUUCCCGUCACCACCCGAAGUGCAGCAAAGGGUGCGUCGUCCCACCGAACAAAGCGUUGCCUAGCGAUACGCGCUGUUCCAAGAACAGCCCGCCGUUCCGACAGUUAGCACUCGCCCCUCCCCACAUGCAAAACCAUGCAGCCAGCGACCCCCUUCGUGACGGACCGCGUGUAGAAAAGGUCAUGGUGACGAGCAACAGGACCAGUAGCUUCCACCAACACAGCGAACUUGAUUCACUGAAGCAGGAACGAGGCAGACGACCAACAUGACUGAUAAGAAUUCCAACCAUCUUGAAGUGACAGUCCGACGAGCACUGAAAGGGGACAAAACUGCUGUCUUAGAAGCAGCCUCGGGCGCAUUCCAUGGCUUUGAUUAUCUCCCUUACUCCUACGAUCACGUGAUUGAAGAUCCUAACCAUGUUUACUUUCUGGCAGAGGUCGACGGUGAAGUGGUAGGCUUCUACGGCGGCUGUCUCACGGACGGAGGUCAAACUUUGACCCUAAGGUCCGCUCGGAUAAAGGCGGAGUUUCGGAAUCGCCGUAUCCUGAUCCACAUUCUGCGCGCCAUCUACAGAGAGUUUGCGACCCGCCAGAGGGCGCCAGUUGACGUCUUUUUCUCCAUGAACAACCUUUCAGCAUUGGUCUCGAAGCCGAGGUUACAAGCAUCCUGUAACAUCCUUUUUCGAAGGGUAAAACCCAUGGACAGCAGCCACUGUAUUGUCAGACAUCUUGGUUGUUUCCUUAGUAGAUACUGCAACGAUGCUUUCAGUGUGAUACAUGUAUUUUAUGCCACAAUGGCCUGGUCCCACACAUUUAAAAUAAAUCCAAAGCUCUUGUGGGCUUCAUUUUUCAUUAAAUGUUUAGGUGCAAAGCACAUUUUUCCUAAAUCUGUUAUUUGAAAAAUAAUUGCACCCCACUAUCUGAAAAGAAAAAUAAUUUGUGCAAAAAUAAAUUGCUCAUCGGAUUUUUUUUAAUGAUAGAUGAUAAAUCUAUCUUUUUAUGUCAGUAGUACACUUGAUUGAUUAGUAACUAUAUUAAAGAAUACUUAUAAUGAUGAGGACAAUAAUAAUAAUUUCAUUCUUUGCACUCAGUAAUAUUUAUAUCUACCUGAGUUUGUAAACAAUAUACACGGAUACAGUCAUGUAGUAUUUAGUAGCUUGGACAUCAGUGAGCUCAUCGUCACAGUCGUCAUUCUUCGUCACUCCUCCUUCUAAAAAUGUAAACUUGUAAAAUUGUAAAUACUAUUAUUUUCGAUGCAGGAUUUUCUCAUUUUCACGACAGUAGCUACAGGGCUCUCGCUGCAGUCAUUCGGCCAUGCCAACGACCAACCGGAAGAGGCCGUGACGGAACUGGACGUGGACAGCUUCUUCCGGUUCAUGGGCUUCCUGGACGAGGCUGGCCGCGCCUACCUCUUUCCAGAAGGCUACUUUCUCGUGGGCGGCUGGCACUUUCGCCUGAUACCCGAGAACCGCGAGACUAUAAAGAAGCUGGGUACCUUCAUCUCGGUGAGCGACUCGCUGUUGGGGAGGUCGCCAGCAGGGGAUGAUGCUGUCCGCCUGCUCCCACUGCACUAUGACCGGCGCCGUCUGCACCACCACCCACAUCUUCGGGGACCCUGAUGACGCCAGCUUGGCGCCGCACCUCCGGCGCCUGGUCACGUGGGUGGGUAGGCAGGUGGCGCGGCACGGGCUGGAGGAGGAUGAAGAGAGGCUGUUCCGCAUCUCUUUCUGCACAAAGCGUGUGGAUGCCAGCAAUAUAUUCCAGCAGUUCGGCUUCGCUGAGAAACCGAUGUCUUCUGCCAUGCAGAAGGUGUAUUUUCAGCAAGACUUUGACUCUCUCGCAACUAUCUGAGGCGACAUGAAGGGGUUUGAUGCAAUGGAUUCACUGUUUGUUUUUUUUUCUUUUUUAAUGCAAAACGUUUGCUGAUAAUUGUUGUCAAGAUGGCUUCCUAAAGAAAUACAUAGAUAGUGUGCUGAUGUCUUGCAUCUACAAAAAUAGUGGAAGGUCAGAGUUCAAGAUCGCCUUCCUCUUUGCGUGGUCGCUGAGCCAUAUACAUUUCGUUUCCCCUACAGUCCUGAGACACAGUUUCUUGACCUUUUACAAAGAUUUUCAAUGCUUGGUUUAUUUUUUGGCUUUUUUUGCAGCAAAUACUUUUUAAUGUAAACUUUAGCUUAAUUUUUGGUGAGUAAUACUUUUCACUGUAACCAUUUAUGGCAAGAUUGUGUGGCAAGUACUUUGAACACGGCUUUGAGAUGCUGAGUAAUUGUGCACGUACACAGCACCGUCUAGCUUUUUUCUUUCUCUACAAAAUUAAAAAAAUCGAGUAUGAAUAGCUUCGGGCGAUUGAAAAAUCUGACACUACUAGAUAUAGCAUUUCAGAAACAUCCAUGGGAAAGCCGGCAAACAGUAUCUGCAGUGUGCAGUGGUCAUUAUUUAUUCUUGCUGCAGGAUCAUGCAAUGUAAAUAUGUAAUCAUCUCUGCUUGUAGCAGAGGUGUGCAGUGUGAAUGUGUCAUGCUCAUUAUUUCUUUUUCCGACAGAAUGAUGUGGGUUGAAGUCGUAAGCAUUUAUGCUUGAACCAUGAAGUAUAGAAUCGGUAUUAUUUCUUCUUGCGAUGGAAUUAUGCAUUUAAAAUUCGUAAAUAUUUCUGCUCUUGUGGCAGUGUAAACAUGUCUGUACUUUUGACUGCUGCAAGAGGAAUUUAUGUAUUCAUUUUCAGGAACGAGAUUGUGCUUAAAGGACUAUAGUAGAUUGCAAUGUUUUUAAAUGAUCGACAAAAGCCCAGUGCAAGAUAUUAUUUCUACAUAAAUGGAUGAAUAUUCCCUUUCUGUUCUUAAGAUACACGCCUACAAAAGAGGUAAACAACACAGAGGUCAGAAUAGAGCACUUGUCAGGGCUAGGGAACACCUGUGAAUAUAAACUGAUCAGGUAUAUCAUGAAAUACAGUGUUAAACUUUAUUCUGUAGAGGGUGGUGCUUGAAGGCGUGUAUGCCGAUAACCAAAGAGGAGUAUUCACAUAGAUUUUGAGGAAUAGUAUAUUACACUGGGUCUUACCCAAUCAUUACAAAAAGUGUACCUUGCUAGUCCUUUAACAAUACAAUUGAUACCAGGCUAAUGUACGCCACACAAUAUGCAAUUCUUACCUACUGACACCUGGCGGCGUGCGUUGUAGAACGUCUCCAGGUGCAGGGCGAGAAAGCGAUGUGCAUGAGGUUGCAUGAAUAAUGAAACAACUAGAACAGCUUUGCACCUGUUACAGACUAGCUAGGAUUUUAUCGUGGGUGCCUCGAAACAUUUUGCCUACAAGUUCGCUUUCCUGCGGUUGUGAAGAUUUAACCUGUUUCUGAAAAAUGUGUGUGUGAGGGUGGUGGUGUGUGUGAGGGUGGUGGUGGGUGAGGGUGUUCAAGUUUUAGUUGUAGAAUAGCCUUCCUUCUUACCUGGAUAAACUUGUAAAAUAUCAGACUACUUUUUCUUUUUUUAUGUAAGUCUAAAACUGCCAUGGCUAGGUUUCUUUGUGUGUGUGUGUGUGAACUACACAAAUGUGUGCGUAUGUCUAUCUACAUCCGUAAGCAUCUCUCGGCGUUACCAUCAGUCAUUUUGCAUCUAUGCAUCCAGGGUUACGCCACCUCGAAGGUAAACGAGAGAAUAAGAGAGAAAGAUAUUCUGUCAGAAGUGUAGUGGCUGGAGUUCUGUGUCACUAUGUCUAGGACAUGUACUCUUUUAUUUUCCGCUGAGCGGAAGUUAUGUCCACGGUUAGCUCAACUACUCGAGAGCUAAACAUCUUUUGUUUAGUCAUUGUCAUUGACUUUCUGCUGAGAUUACCAAAACAAAAACAAAAAAAAAAAAAACAAAACAAAACAAAAAAAAAAAACAAAAAAAAACAAAAAACAAAAAAAAAAAAAACCAACCCAAAACAUAAAAGAGCCACACUCUUCUCGAUACCAGGAGAGGGGCAGAGGGAGAAAUAGUUACCAUCGCUUCUUUGAAAAAAUCUUAGGGAAGAGUAUGACAAGUUUUUAGUGAGGGAAAAAAAAUUGUAUUUAGCUAAAGAAAAAGACUUUUUACAUAUAUUUAAAGGAUUUUUCUUUUUUACAGAAAAAAGCAAGUCAUUUUCGAGUUAACAGCUUAUAGCCUUUGUAUUGAUAUGUGCAAUGCUUGUUCACAGGUAUAAUCUCAAUGUUAUUCUUAUUUAACUAGCAUUUCCUAGCAGUGUUCCUUGAUCACAACUUUUGAAGAAAGUUCACGACAGCUUUGUUUAUGAAGCACUGAAUUGUUACAGGUUGAAUUUACGAAGUUAUAAAAUUUAUGAUAUAUGGUACCACAGCUCAUACACUGUGAUGCACUUUUAAGCUCCUUUGUUUGGCAAUAUAAUGCAGUUUGUAAACAAAUCUUUUUGCCAUGUUACGCUCGAAAUAAACUUUUGCGAAAACAUU